GUUGAGUAAAUACGACGCCCUCCCUUGCUCCCCUCUGCCCUCCGCCCUACAAAUACAAUCGACAUCCAGGGACAUCCAGCCCCGGCCACCCACCCCACUCUAUUAUUUUUUUCUUUCUUUCUGCCGCGAGCCGUCAGGAAAGCAACAUUGUUGAUAAUCGUCAAGUUAUACUGUAAUUAAAAAUCUAGGUACGGCGUAUUGUCUCUCUUUAGUCACAAUUUCUCUAAAGUACUUAUUUGCGGUAAAAUAAAACAGUUUAAUAAAAAUGUCGCAAAUCAAUAGACGGGCAAAGCGAGACUUCAAGGAAGUACAGCGCAAUUAUCAGGAGUCGAAGGAUAAAUCAAUAUUUUUACGAAACUUGAACCCACUGUAUGAUCGCUUUGUGGCCAGAAUCAGGGGCCCACGUCAAACCCCGUAUCAAAGCGGAAAAUUCAUUCUACGGAUUGUACUAGAUGCAGAUUAUCCAGCAUCUCCGCCUGAGGUUAGAUUCCUAACGCAUGUGUGGCAUCCGAACAUCCACCCGUGCAAAGGCUACAUCUGCUUGGAUAUUCUAGCUGAGAGAUGGACACCGGAGUUGUCUUUGAGGACCAUGCUUCUCUCCAUCCAAGCGCUCAUGUCUGCGCCUGAACCGGAUGAUCCUCUUUCAUUGCCAGUCGGCCUGCAGUGCAAAAACCAACCGGAGGAAUUCCGUGCGACUGCCCAAUUUUGGACCUACAUUUAUGCCAGAGGUCGUUUCACUGUAUAUGAAUACCAGCAGAAACUGGCAACAUUUGUUAGCUUGGGUGUACAGCAGGAUCUGGCAUUGACAUUACUGGCCAAUUGCCACUGGAACUUGGAAGAGGCCAUCGAUACACAUGCCACUGUCACUUUGAUAAAUUCCAUUCCGGUCCAGGAUUUGGAACAGUAAAGAUUUAAAUUCCAAACAUUACCAUCAGUGACUGCUGUGACAUUUGUCUUUAUACAUGUCAUCUCUUAUAUUGUUAAUAUUCUCUCUGUUUGUUUUAUCCAAGGGAAUGUGAAGGAUGAAGUAGAUGUCAAAACAAGUGUCAUUGGAGACAAGCCCACAGUUGUAUAGACCGACAAGGAUAUCUGACUCCUCUAGGCAUAUAUGCAAGUAAAUUAUGAUAGUCCUGUCAAUGUCAAAUAAAUCAUAAGAUUCUUUUCUUACUGUAGCUGUCAAUUCAAAUUUUUUUUAUAAAUGUUUAACGACUUUUUAGGUUUUCACUUUUUCUGCCAGUAAUAAUGGCCAUAGUCACUCUCAACAUGCCAGAUAUCCUUGUUUCACUAUAUGCACAAAGAAUUUUUUUUUUAUUUUAGUCAUCUCUCUAAAUUAUGAGUCCUUUUAAGAAUAAAAUUCAAUUGUUUGGUUACCUUUAAGGUAAAGUAUUAAUAUCAAAGGUUAAAAUUAUUACUUGACAAAGUUUUUAAAAAAUCUCAAUGUAGUAGCUUUUAUUUUUAAAUGUUUUUUUUUUGUGAUAAGAUUUAUUGAUGUUGUGAUAAAUAUGACUGGCUGUAAGAUAGAUUCUUAAGAAAAUAUAAAACUUAAUGUUUAAAUAAGUACAUAUAGAAUGUGUAACAUGAAUGUA